CUCAAUGACAAACAUCCCUUCGAGUACUAGUUUAUAGGAGUGACGGCAAUGACCUGAGCUCUAACUGGAUGGUCUACAUUAUACGAAGCCAUUUGACCAAAGUAGCAGCGAAGAACAUUGAAUAACGGAAGCCUUUGAUAAAGAAAGGACAUUUGAUGAGCUGGCUGCAAUUCCCAUUGCUAUCAAGAGAAUCUGAUUUUGUAUCACGUGACGUGACGCGCUGUUCAGAGUUUGACGCGUCCGCCCAGAAGAUGAUCAAAGUUAAAUCUAUUACACAACAAAGAUCCUCCGAAGCUUCACAUGGAGUCCUUAGUUGCCCAAACUUCCAGCCGCUACUUCCCAAAUCGCAACUAUGCCACCUAAGAACGCGUCAGGGACAAAACGAAAGGCCCCACUCGCAGCUGCGGAUUCGAACGUUGACCCUCCAGCCAAGAAAGUCGCGAAGGGAAAGAAGGUGGAUUUCCCAGCAGCUGCAUCAGAUUUGGCCCCAGCUACCCAGAAGACGUAUAAAUACUCUGAUUUAUCAUCCCUCGAGAAAGAGCUGCCGCCAGUUGGCACAGUUUUGUGGUCGAAUGGCGACGACGAGGAUGAGGUUGACUGUGACAAGGACGAAGAUGGUGAUGGAGAAGCUUCAGAACGAAGAGAUAAGGACACAGACAACGGCAAGAAGAAGAAAAAUAGAUACGGAUAAAGGUAAGGAUGGCAAAGAAGAGCAGUCUAGAGUAGUCACGGAUAAGGGGUUCCCCAUCACCCUUGCUGGUCUGGAAAUUUUCAACCACAUCAUUACAGAGCAGCAGAAGAGGGAUCCUGACUACCAUGGCAUGUACAUCUACAACGACUAUGCUGGCUAUGGCAUGACAGAGGUAUUGGAGAACGUGCUCGCAGAAUUCAACAAGAUUCUCUACAAGAAGGAUGUCUCCCCGCUUAAAAAGUGGUCAUAUAUCGAAGGCUUGGGGUUCUGGCUCUUUGUUGGAGAUCUUUACUCACUUAUGAUGAACGACAACAGCGGAGGCAUCAGAGAGAUUUUCAACAUGUUUGUUCCUCUCAUGAUCACCGGCCUCAAAUUGCUCGCUGAGCAUUCCCUUAUCGCCCCGGACUCAGCAAUUCCCAAUGUGAAUAUCUUCACGUUGAUCGUGACCGAAUUUCUCAGUAAAGACGCUGGCGAUUUCCGAAUCAAGAAUGUUGAGAAGAUCGUCCAGGCUGCUGACGAGGCAGGCAUGGUAUGGAUCUUCCCGAAAGGUAUCAAAUUUGGAGAGGAGGAUGUACAGAAGCUGAGAGAGUCGUGCGAAGCGAGAUCAAAGACCCCGGAUUGGAAGAGAGAGUGGCCAAGCUUCAAGCGUGAUCAUCCCGGUGGCGCACAGUAUGAUAUCACCAAGAUGUCGGAAGUCAAGAAGAGGCAAUAUAGCUUUGGCGGUGAUGAUGAAUAGUCGGAACCUGGUUGGUGUAACGUUGUUCCCGGGUUUGCUUCCGCUCUGAGGUAGCAGAGGCAUGGAAUCUCCUUCAGACUUGACGGAAGGUUUCAUCGAUGUGUAGCGAUUGUUUUACAUAAACUGUUUUAGGAAAUUAACGUAAGGUUGCCACCACAUAUACCUCGCCGCGCUGUAAAGACAAGGGAUCAAUCAGAUUAUCCGAGUACAUGUGCAGUGUCACAGGACAUUACUACUUUCUGGGGACAAGGACAGGUGUUUGUUUCUCUUAUGUGUCUACCAUUGGACGUGGAAGCUUGUAAGCAAAAAGUUUGCCUUUGGGUCUUCAGCAAAUUUCCGG